AUGGAGAAUCGUCGCGUCACAAUUGCGGAACUCAGCAGUCAUGUCCUGCAGAUUUCCCGCUCCUUGUUGCAUGAAAUUGUCACGGAGCACCUGUUCAGGAAAUUAUGCGCCAGGUGGGUGCCGAAGCAACUGACACCAGAACACAAAACAAAGCGCAUGGAGUCAGCAUUGACCUUUCUGCAGCAGUACUAUGAUGACGGCGACCAGUUUCUGGACCGGAUCGUCACAGCAUUGAAAGGACAGGAGGAAUGUAGUGGAGGCCACAUCAAGGUAACACAAAAAGGAACAUUCUCUUGUGUGUUGUUCUUGGAGCCUUAUGAUGCAGCUGAAGGGCUUGAAGCAAAGAAAUGCCCAGAUAAGGGUUAUUAA